GAUUGAGAGUAGGUGUAGGGCCUUACCCUCCCUGCUAAUAUCCAAGAAGGUUGGCCCUAAGCCCCAUCUCAGUGCAAUAUCUGGCUAAUGGAAUUUCCAUUCCAGGUUUAGGUUUUCAUUCUCUGCAAACUAAAGAAUUAUUCUGAAUUGUGAUAAAUCAGUAUAUACUCUCAAGCGAAAUAUUUCAUCCAACAAUUUUUUUUUUUGUAUUUCUUCAUGUGGGUUCAUAGAAUUUGGAUAGAAUUCCUAAAUGCUAUGCUCCAAGUAGGCUAUAAGCACAGCAGCAUAAUGAUGGCCUUUAUUUCUUGAUACUUUAGGACUUGGGUCACUUGCUUCUGGGUCACCAUGUUUCUUUCUCCCCAUCAUUGUCUCUGUGACAUAGUGUAACAGAGGCACAGAGGCACUGGCCAUGGGGAGGUGGGCCAUCAGAUGAGCCUGAAUUCCAGUUAGAUAUGGGCGGGGAGAAUUGAGUGUGUAGCCUGGGUUAUGCUCCUUGGAAUUCCUGGGAGUGUGGAAGGAAGAAAUGAGAUUGGCCUCAAGGAAGGGAUAUUUGUCGUGCACCAGAAUUUUGUUUCCUUCUUCAGAGAGUUGGCUCUUUGCUUAGAUAGUAUUUUUGUCUUCUACAAACUUGUAUAAAGAGUUUGAGACAGCUGGCAAGAAAAGGUUCACAAAUGUAUGUACAUAGAUACAUAUAAUUGUAAACCCAUACCUUGUGUUUUACUUCCCUCGUUUUUGUAAUGCCCAGUCCACUAUGAGGCUGGCUAUAGUAUGACCUACAAGUAGAGACAAAACUCUUGCAGAAAGCCUCUUUGAAUUGCUUCAGAAUUUAGGGCCAUGAGAUCUAACGGACUUAACCUAACUAGGGAGCUUCUGAGAGCAACAGUUACCCACUGGUCCUUAUGGCUACCAAGGAAAAACACUGACAGAGCGCCCCUGGAGCUCUGCUUCUUCUGGGCUGUGCCCACAGCAUGUGGAAGUUUCCAGGCCAAGAUAGAGCCCUUCAUUUUGAUCUUAGGUCUGCUUCCCAAGUAAUCUGCCAGGCUGGGUUAGUCAUAAAAGGCCCUCACCUGGGGAGAGCCAGAUUAUUGCAACUGGUGAUUUUCCAAUCAAAUGAUGUGAAUCUGCUAAAAACUAUAACUUGGAUUUUUUUCAUAAUUGACAUUUCAUUAAGUUUUUUUUUUUUUCUUGUCAGCUAAUGAUGGCAAGCCAAGUGACUUUACCUAAGACCAUACGCAGAAGCAACCAGAAGGACCCCUCCCCUUGAGCAUGAAGGGCAUAGCAGGGUGGGAUGUGUCAGUUAAUCCAGGAGCUGUAAGAAGUCGUACAGGCACAUUUCUUCUUGUGAUGGGUGUGGUGGGCGUGAUGGUGGUGGUGAUUCCUUGGACUGUGAUACCCCUGAUUCCACUUGGCAUCAUCUUCUUUGUUCUUCGGAGAUAUUUCUUAGAGACAUCACGAGAUGUGAAACGCCUGGAAUGCGCAACUCGGAGCCCGGUCUUUUCCCACUUAGCAUCUUCUCUCCAGGGACGCUGGACCAUCCGGGCGUUCAAAGCCCAACAGAGGUUUCAGGAGCUGUUUGACGCUCACCAGGAUUUGCACUCAGAGGCCUGGUCCUUGUUUCUGACCACAUCCCAAUGGUUUGCCCUGUGCCUGGAUGCCAUCUGUGCCGUCUUUGUCAUUGGUGUUGCCUUUGGGUCCCUGUUUCUGGCAGAAACUUUGAAUGUCGGGCAGGUGGGCCUGGUGCUGUCUCUCACCCUCACAUUCAUGGUGAUGGUCCCGAGGUGCGUCAGGCAAAGUGCCGAAGCCGAGACUAUGAUGAUUUCAGUAGAAAGAGUGACUGAAUAUAGAGACCUUGGGAAAGAAGCACUCUGGAGAUACAGGUAUCGUCCACCGCCAUCCUGGCCUCAUGAAGGAUUGAUUAUCCUUCGUGACGUGAGCUUCGGGUACAGCUCAGAUGGGCCUCUGGUACUGAAGGACCUGAUAUCAUCGAUUCCCCCAAGAAGCAAGGUUGGCAUUGUGGGAAGAACAGGAGCCGGAAAAAGUUCUCUCGUCUCGGCCCUUUUCAGAUUGCCGGAACCCAAUGGUAUAAUUCAGAUUGAUGGGAUCUGGACACGCAACAUUGGACUUUACUAUUUAAGGAAGAACAUGUCAGUCGUACCUCAGGUGGGCAUCGCAGAGCAUUCUCUCGUGGUCUUUUCAUAAGGCACCUAAGUUUAAUUGCUUUUAAUUUGAUUGUUGUUUUUUCAAAUUGCAUGAAGCCGUUGAUCUUUUCCCUCCCAAUAGAGCACGUUUUUAGCAGCAGAUAUUUUCAACAGUUAUUUUCAUCCGAUAUAAAGUUUUGUUUGUUCAUUCAUUUGUACGUGAUUUGUUUGAUAACUUACCCAGAUGGAUAUCUGGACUCUUCCACUGAUAGCCGUAUCAUUCUGAGGAAAAAACAUAUAAAUGGUUCGUUUAGCACUGGAGAGGUUCCUAAUGGGAAACACGAAUUUUAAGUGUCUUAAUGAUGAACCUUUGCUAUAGGAAAUAAAGCCACCCUUUCAAAAGUGAUCAUCUCCCUGGAGGGCCUUCUGUGAAACAGUGCUUCUUUGAGAAUUAUAGAGUGUGUGGGUGCUUUGGGGAGACAUUGAGAAUUCAGCCAUUCAUCAGCGAGUAGAACCAGGGAGGCCGUAGAGAAGAGUGAGGAGGAGCACGGGACUCGGAUCCCAUCUCUGUGCUCCUCAGGCUUCUCCCCCUCACAGGGCAGCUCGCAGUGCCACCCCCUGGAGCUGUUGUGAGGACUGAACAGGUCCGUGCGUGUGGAGAGCUUCCUGCAGACCCCAUGCCUGGUUGCUGUGACGGUGGAGCCUUGACGUGACCCUCUCUUCCUGGGCUCUGACUCUCUUCUCUUUUCUUCUGCUUCUUUAAAAUGUGUGUUGUUCAGGGAGUGUUUGGAGAUUGGAUUAUAUGCACAGCAGACGUUCCUGUCAUUCCUUUUGGUUCAUCCACUCAAAUAAUUCAGAGACUAUUGAUUGAGCAAUUACUAGUCUCUCAUAAAAUAGUCAAGGGCAACAUAGGCUCUAUGCCCACAUCUUCCAUCCUGCCCUCUGCUUUAACAGACUUGCUGUUUUUCUUUAAUUUUUUUAUUUUGAAGGAUAUAUAGAUAUAGAUAUAGAUAUAGAUAUUGUUGUUCUUCUAACCUCUUGAGAUGAGAAACACAGGGAAGAGUCAAGACAAAAGGCUCAGACAGAUGUGCUUCCUGGAGUGCAGGUACAGUGAGCUCUUAAAUGCCUGUUUAGUAGGAAGCAUGUAGGACAUGGCACCAAAGGAAGGAGAACGUGGACGUGUGUCCUGUGACAGCACAGCUACUGCCACCCUCCCCUGACCUCUGAAAUACCUAGAAGUGGUAUGAGUACUUUUGAAAACAGGAUAUUUCUUUUAGACCACAGUGAGACGCCACCUCACACCCCUUAUGAUGUCCACUAUCAAGAAAAUAAAAUGAGUUUUGGUGAGCAUGUCAGCAAAUUGGAAUCCUGGGAGUUUCCGUCAUGGUGUAGAGGAAACAAAUCCGGCUAGUAUCCAUGAGGAUGUGGGUUUGAUCCAUCCCUGUCCUCGCCUAGUGGGUCGGGGAUCUGGUAUGGCUGUGAGCUGUG